AAACCGUUUUCCAUUGAGAUUUACAUUACUCAGGAUGUCUUCGUACAUCUGACUGUAACAUUAUUUCCUGACAUGGAGCCUUUUCCCAACCCCGUGUAUGCACGGCUCUGGAUGAGAUCAGUUUAGCUGGCCGGUCUGUCUGCCUGCCAGUCCUCUGCAGCACACUUCAGGAUUGGCUGCACAGAGCUCAUCAGCACCAACCGCAACAUAUUCACGAUCGAUGGAAGAAUAUUAGCCGUGCACGGCAUUUCCUACUUACAGAGCUGUAUGUGGUUGCUCUUCAAAUUUUGCAUUUUUAUGAGGAAUGAACUAAGGUGCUUCUUCUACUGUCUUCUGAACGUACUGCUCAUUCUUCUAUGGACACAGAUUGAGGUGCGGAAUCCAGUGCAAAUAGAGUAACGUGGAGAGAGGAAGAUGCCGGGCCCUCCUCCCCCACCACCCCCAGGGCCUCCACCUCCUCCCACCUUUGCUGUUGCCAACACAGAGAAGCCAAAUCUGAAACGUUCAGAGCAGCUUGGAAGGAACGCUCUGUUGUCUGACAUCUCUAAAGGCGCCAAAUUAAAAAAAGCUGUUACCAAUGACCGCAGUGGACCUUUACUGGACAAACCCAAAGGAGGAGGCGGUGGAGGCGGUGGAGGCGGCGGAGGCGGUGGAGGCGGCGGAGGCGGUGGAGGCGGCGGAGGCGGCGGAGGCGGUGGAGGCGGCGGAGGUGGUGGAGGCGGCGGUGGAGGAGGUGGAGGAGGAGGGGCUCCUGCUGGUUUAGGAGGCCUGUUCGCAGGAGGGAUGCCAAAACUGAGAUCUUCGGCAAACAGUGUUAAAAAUGACUCAGGACCAAGCAGAGGACCCGUGUUCCCACCAGGAGGCCGCUCUUCUGGGCCCACCCCCUUUGGUGGUGGUGGAGGCUCCGCCGGCCCCCCUAAACUCCCAGGGGCCCCUGCUGCUGUCCGUAGCAACGUCCCUGAUCUUCCGAAGGGCCGGCCAAGUUUCUCAUCCAGACAAGACAAUCCAGGAGGUCCCCCUCCUCCUGUACCCAGCACACCUCGACCAAACCAGGGCUUCCAGCCUCGUGGGGGCCCACCUCCACCGUCACUUCCUGGAGGACCCAGGCCCAGCCCAGCUUCCGGACCUCCCCCACCUAGUUUUUCACCGGGGAGACACGGACCUCUCCCUCCCCCACCAGUAGGCACCGCAACUGGGCCAAGACCAGGAUUCUCUGCACCUGCUCCUCCACCCCCAAACAGCAGCCGACCCUCCUUACCGCCCACUCCUGGAGGGAGGCCUCCACUUCCUGAUGACCGGCCGCCCCCACCACCAGCUCCUCUGGGGGGUCGUCGGCCAUCUAUGCCCCGCGACAUGCCACCUCUUCCUCCCUCUGUCAACUCCAAGCCUUCCUCCUCUGUCUCUUCCUCCCCUACCCCUCGUCCCUCAGUGGGUGGGGGUGCGCCUCCUCUCCCGCCAGGCCGACCGGGCCCCCCUCCUCUCCCGCCCUCCCCAGCUGGAGUGGAUGAUACCCCUCGUCUGCCCCAAAGGAACCUAUCACUCAACAGCCUUGGUCCAGCUCCACCACCUGGUCGGACAGGACCUCUCCCACCUCCACCAAACGAGAGACCGCCAUCUCUUGGAAGAAACCCAUCCUCCGCACGCACAGGGCCUCUUCCUCCCCCUCCUCCCUCAGGUCGAAGUGUGGGAGGGGGCAGUGUAAGGUCUUCACCAGCUCCUUCUCCUAUUGGUCGGCCAGGCCCUGAGCCCCCUCGUGGAGGACCCGGUGGUAGGCCUCCCCUCCCUCCAGACAGGCCAGGUAUUGGAGGGGCCCCUCCUCCUCCACCACCCAUGGGUAACGGCUUCCAAAACUCCCACCACAACCAGAUACAGGAUGAGUGGGAGAGUCGGUUCACUUUCCAUCCAGUGUCGGACCUUCCGCCACCUGAGCCCUAUGUGCCCUUCCAGAAGACCUACCCCAGCAAGAUUGGAAAGACUGACGGCAGAGGACCUGGUAAAAAGGAGAGAGGAGCUCCCCCUCUUCCUCCUAUACCCAGGUGAAGAAGAGGUGGCCCAACCCCUAACAUUACUUUUGCUGUUCCCCUACCUUCCUCCCUCUGUAUUUCUCUCGGUUGUGCUCUUUGUGCUUUUACCUGCGGCAUCUGUGGAGUGUAAAAUGUAAAAUGGACCUGAAGUAUGGUUGACCAAGUGAAAAUACAAACUCACAAAAUGGAGUUUACAUUAUGUGCCUAUGUAGCAGCAGAAUGGCCGCGUUGAAAGACCAAAGCCUGUUCAUACUCCAGCACACUCUGUUCAGAGAAAAAUGUGUUUUACAGCCAUGCUGUGGCUGUAAAAAAAUAAUAAUAAUAAACACUUUUUUGCUGGGCUUUGUUGACCUGAUUGCUGUGAGACAGAGUUCACUUAUGAACAACAAUAUUUCCAUGAACCUUGAUCCACAUUGACUUUAUUCCAUUAACUAACCUUUUCAUCCCUUGCUUAUAGUGGUUGAUACAUUCCCUAGAUUGCUUGCUAGAUAAUAUAUUUUACCAACCAGCUACACAUUUAGAAGAGAAUACACACUCUUACUUGACAAAUAAACCAGCAUGUAGCAUGUGUGACUUCCCCAGCCUGUUUACACAGCACAGACAGCGUUAGAUAAAGGUAAAUGAUCAUGUUAUUGCAAUAUUAUUGUCAACAUUGGAGUCCCAGGGUAACAGUGCAGGGCUACCAACCAGCUAGACUGUGUUGACAAGCUGUUUGUCUCCUUUUGCCUCAGUGUUUUCCUUGUGCCUUUUUUGUAUUCAGGAUUGUAUCUUCAGGCUGCUUAAAAGAGUUAAGGGAAUUAGCCUAUUGUGCCUUAAAUUAUGUAUGUAUGUCUGUUAAAAUGGAUUGGAUCACCUCUGCUGAUAAGUAAUGUAAAAACCGAAGCAAUGCAGCAACUUGAUUGCCACAAAAUUUAGAAUACUUAGAAUAGCAAAGUGUCUUAAUUAAAACAUCGACACAAAGAAAGACAUGGAACCAAACUAAAAAUGGCCACAACCUGUUGCCAUGGCGGCAUAAAACAUCAGGGGAAAUGCACGUGUUUAAUUUGCCAAAGCCACACAUGCCUUUAAAUUAUGUAUACUCACAUCUGUUUGUUUCUGUUGGAACCACUGAACGGUACUUUUCAUUUGACUGUUAAGUUUUAACAUGAGCAUGCACUUAAUGUUUUUGAUUGAGAUUUUUUUAAAGGACAUUGUGUGGUGUUACGGCAGCAUUGGUUUACAAUAUAAGUGAUUCUGAUAUUGCUCUUUUGUUAAAGCUGCAUUGACUAACUAUGAAGGGCUUGUAUGUAUCUGUAUCAAGUGGUAUUGAAGGACUGUAAUAUUUUAAGUUAUGUUUCAGAACUGUGCAGUAUUAAUUUUUAUUUUUUUGCUUCACCCAGCACUGCUCUGAAUGGUCUUCUGUAUGAGUGAUGUAUUAUUCAUGUGUUUGACCAUCAUGUGUUGGUUAAAGAAAUAUUUUCUUAAAGACAAUCAUAUGGAAGUAAACCUAUUCACAUCAAUAAAUAAAAUGCUUUACGUUUGUGC